CGCGGAUCGUCGUGCUAGCGUGUAGGUGCCUCAAUCUCUCUCACGCAAAAAAAAAUGACAAACGCACAAGUGCUAACAACAAGAAUAACUGCACACUCUAGGAAGUAAAAAUACAAAACUACACGUGCACUUUUUAAACUUAACAAAUACAAGCGUACUCAUACAGAUAUAUAUAAGUGCGGAGUGUAGUAUAAAAAAAACCGUAGUGAAAAAAUGUGGCUAUGAAAAAAUGUCAAUGUGUAUAUAAUGGAGCUAUAAGCAAGCAAUUUCGCCAGAUAAAUUCAAAGCAUUCCACAUUAGUUUAAAUUGUUUAAAGUAUUGAAUUAAUAAAAGAGAAAACAAAAAAAAACAAAAGUGAGUGAAGAAAAUUCUAUGCCUUUUGCAUAACAAAAACAAAAUAAAGGAAGAAAAACACAAGCAGCCGCAGUCCCCGGGCAAAAAUAACAACGGCAGUGACAUAAACACACACACAUAUACAUACACACAACAAAACUUGAAACGCAAGCAGCAGCCGAAGACGCCUACGUCAAUAAGCAAAACGAUGUUGUCGGCGAUAUUGACGGCAUUGUUGUUGUUAUUGUCAACGGAGCGUUAUUUUUGAGGCGGCUGCGUGCAGGUUUUCCAUGGCUAAGCGAAGACAAAUGACGCGCCCACAUAAACAACAACAACAACAACUAGCCAGCUAUAAAAACUAUAAGCCAUACACAUGUUGCUGCAACAUCGCGGAAAAUGCUCAAUGCUGCCGAUGCUACAGCGAUACAUGCAACAGAAGCAGCAGCAGCAUCAACAGCAACAGCAGCAGCUGAAACAGAUGUCAUAACAAACAACAACAGCAACAACAGUAGUCAGCAGCAUUCAGAACAAGCGAAAGGUACGCCGCCAAAGCAGCAGCAACAUAUUGUUGUUGUUGCCGCCAACAAAAUGGUUAUAACAGCAACAACCGUAACAGCCGGUAUACCAACAACAGCAGCAGCAACAAUUGCAACUAUUACGUCAGAGCGACAGCAGCAACAUUCGGAGCAGCAGCAACAUGUGCUAUUUCAGCCACAAUUACAAGCAGCGACGGCGGCAGCGGCACCAGCAACACCUCAGCAACAACAACAGCCACCUCAACCGCGCCAACAUCCGAAAAAGCGUAAAUUCGAUCCAGCUGAGCUGGACACGGCUGAUCAGCAGCAACAACAACAACAACAGUCGCAGCAGCAGCCACACACACAACAAAAGCAACAAAAACCCGCCGAUGCAAAUGGCAGCGAUAUGCUGCAAAAUGGUAAUGCUGCCAGCAACAUGCUGCAGCAACAACAUCAAACUUUAACUGUGCGCAGCAUGAUUGUGAGUCCAUCAACCACAACAACAACAACAAACAUUGCCACAUUAAAUUGCGGUGCAGGCGCCAGCAACAAUGAUAUGAAGCAGCAGCAGCAGCAGCAGCAACAACAACGUAUUAUAAUCACAUCUCCACUGCAGCAGCAGCAUGCGACUAGUACUUACAAGCAACAUGCUGCCAGCAACAAUAGUCAGGCAACAUUGAAUCAUCAGCAACAGCAACGCACACACACACCCACAACGGCUGUUUACUAUCCCACGCAACAGCAACAACAACAACAACAGCAGCAGCAUCAGCAGCAACAGCAUUCACGUUUAAGCUUUAAUUCACACAAUCAGCAGCAACAUGUACAGGAACAACAACCACCAACACCACAACAACAACAACCACAGCAGCAGCAGCCACAGGAGACGGCUUCAAUAGAUCUCACUGAAUGGACUAAUACGCGUAUUUUGGCCAAUACUGGCAAAUGCUAUGCGCCAGGCAUCAUAAAGCAAACUUCUUGCGAAGCAACAACAACCGCCCAAAACAACAACAACAGCAAUAGCAGCAGCAGCAACAACAGUGCGACCACAACAACCACAGCGUCCUCCACAAUACUCGUCGAGUUCGAUGCCACCGAGUUUGGCCAACAACUGUAUACAGAUGUGCUGCAACAUGGACGCUACAAUGUGAUAUUGGAUGCAAGUCCGCCCAUGGCUGAUAUUACACUGGAGGCGCGCGUUUGUGUGCGUCAACGACUGGAGGGCAGUAACGGUUGCGUCUAUGUGGAGGGCAUUAUUACGGGUAUCAAUCAGGCCACCAAACAGUUUAGCGUGCAAUUGUGCGACGAACACUCCGCCAUCAAAGUUGUGCGUCGUGCUGAUCUUCGUCUAUUGUUGCCACCCUGGUGGGAUGAGCUCAACGAACUCACGCCCCCGAUUAGUGCCGGCAAACGGAAACUGGAACAGGGCAGCGGCAAUAUUGUCUAUCAGAAGGCAUCCGGCCUACCUCUCACAUUUGUGGCAACGCGUUACGAUGGCAAGGUGCCCGCAACAGUGGCUCAGCAGCAGAAACAGGAAGAGUAUUAUCGCACAACAGCCACCUCACCGUUUCAGAGUGGCAACGCCAAUAACCACAGUAAUAAUGGGGGUCUGUCUGUCGCUGGUCCGCCACCUCCACCGCUGGCGCAUGUGGAACAUGGUUUGGCAUCGAAUGGUCAGGCUGGCCUGGCACCAGCGUUGCCAGACAUUGUGAUCUCGCCGGGCACAAAUCGCCAUCCCCAGCAUCAGCCACAGUCGCAGCACCUGAAAAUGCAUGUGCCAUCGCCGGCGGCGGACGAACUGCAGCGGCGUCAACGAUCCUACGAUGAUUACGACUCUGAUGACGAACUGAAGCGUGUGAGCAUUGGCUACUCACAGGCUGCCGCCGAUGUGGAUGCCGAAAAGAUGAGCGCCUGCAGCAAGCGCAGCAGCAUGCAAAGUCGUGGCAGCACCUCAAGUCUUAUCGAACAGAGGCUUACACCCCGAUCUCAUCCAGCAACUCCAAGAUCUCAAGCAACCACACCGCAUCGUUUCAAGAAGGGUGAUAUUGUGGAAUCGGAAACCGGCGUGCGAAAGAAAUACAAUGGGAAGCAAUGGCGUCGCCUCUGUAUGCUGUGCAUGAAAGAAUCUCAACGCCGUGGCUAUUGCUCGAGGCAUUUGAAUCAGAAGGGCAACAAUGCGUUGCCCUCAUCGACUGCACCGGGUCGCUUUUUGAGCGAUAGCCGCUCGAGCAGUAAGACACAAAACGAUGAAGAUACCUCUCGCGACUCAGAGACUUCGCCCAAACCUCGCGUUACGGGUCGUUAUGAUCAGGAAGAGACCGAUGUAGCUGCCAUGUUAGUGUCGCUGAGCAGUUCACGCUCGGCCACGCCAUCGUAUACAUCACCUGUUAAUCAUGCCGGCGCCUCACCUUUAAAUCCGCUCGUCCACUCGCCGGUCAAUGUGUCCAAUCAUAGACAAAAUUUCUUUACGCCCAUUGCCAACAAUGCAACGCAGCAGCAACAACAACAACAACAGCAGCAACACCAACCACAUGUGGUGGCUGCAGUGGCUUUGGAUAGCAAAUGGAAAACAGCGCCCAGUCCGAUAUUGUACAAUACUAACAACAAUAAUAAUAAUAACGGUGUUGCAUAUGCGCCACAUGUGCUGACUGUAGAUGGUGGUGCUGCACCACCGCCUCCACCACCACCUCAAACCACGCCCGUUUCGUUGGUUAUGCAUGCGCCACCGCCCAGCAUACAACAACAACAACAGCAACUACCACAACCACCUGCCGCACAUAUAAAUGCACAUCAUCAUGUGCUGCCCGCGCCAACGCCACCUCAUAGCACCGCCAGCGCCACCAGCACCAGUGUGGGUCAUGCGACUAGCGUUAUACGCAUAUCGAGCGCAGCGGCACCACCGCUGCAGCAUGCCCCACCACCACAACAACAGCAGCAGCAGCAGCAACAACAACAUCACCAUCAACAAGUGGUUGUUUCUGCGACACCCGGCCACCAAACAUUUCAUCCUGUAAUUGUAGAUGCCACACAACUGGCGCCUGUGCCACCCACAUUGGUUUCAUUGCCGCUGGCCGCUUUACCACCGCCACCACCCAGCACGCCCACAACAACCACCACAUCGACAACGCAUUCUCUGCCGGACAAGACGCUGCCAAAAAACGGCUACAAUGCGGGCAGCUAUGUUUGGCAUAAAGUGCUGCCGCAAAUCCAAAUGCCGCCCAUAACCAAGACAGCCCUUCUCCCGACCACAACAACCACACCGGUGGCAGGGGCUGCAAAUUUAAGCAACUACAGUGUGGCCAGCAUGAUGCAACAACAACAACAACAGCAGCAGCCGCCGACACAGUCACAAUAUCAACACCAACAUCAUCUUCAUCAGCAGCAGCAACAGCAGCAGAUCAAUCACAAUAAUAACAACAAUCACUUGAUUGUGCACGCGCCAUCGUCAUCGCCAAGCAUGCCGCUGAACUGCUCCAUGAAUGAUGCAGCCAAAGCUGCCGCAGCGGCGGCAGCAGCAGCAAAGAGUGCAGCAAUGCAUUCACAGAAUCAAGCGACCGAUGAGGUCGAUGAGCAGCUGGAUGAUGAUGUCUUUGAGGCAACAUCCACAUCCUCGAGCAGUGCCCAGAAGAAGGCAGCAGCCAAGCGGCUAUCCACAUACAGCGGUCCCGAUUGCAGCAACAACAACAGUUCUCGCAACACCAACAACAGUAAUGGCAAUAUACGGAAGUUAGAGGAUUGUCAUGACUCUGGCGAUGGACCUUCAAAUGCGCCCACAACCUCAGCGGCUAAGCGGCGCUCGCAAUCUCUGAGCGCAUUGCAACAGCAACAGCAGCAGCAACAACAACAACAGCAGCAGCAACAGCAACAAGCAGGAGGAGGGGCAGCUCCAGCAAAAAAGAUACGACGACCCAUGAAUGCCUUCAUGAUCUUUUCCAAAAAGCAUCGCAAAAUGGUGCACAAGAAGCAUCCGAAUCAGGAUAAUCGCACAGUCAGCAAAAUACUCGGCGAAUGGUGGUAUGCCCUAAAACCAGAAGAGAAGGCGCAAUAUCAUGAACUGGCCAGUUCUGUGAAGGACGCGCACUUUAAAAUGCAUCCCGAAUGGAAAUGGUGUUCCAAAGAUCGUCGCAAAUCCUCCACUUCGGGUGGCAGAACAGCCGCCGGCAAUGCUACGAAUGCCGCCUCAGAUGGCACGCAGCGUCUGGUUUCUGUAGAUGGUUCCGAUUCGUUGGAACAUGAUAUGUGCCCCUCGACUCCCGGCAGCGGUAGUGGUGGUGGUGGUGCCCACGCUGCAGAACUGCAGGGCGAUAUUAUACCACUAACCAUUGACAAUUAUAACACGGCCUGUGAUGACACGCCCACGACCAUCAGUCAACGGCAUACUAAUGUCAAGGCUGAAAUGUUGCACUCCGAUGAGGACGAGCAAAUGGUUAUUGUGGAGGAUCCCAAGACCACUGGCAGCAACAAUAAAGGGAAAUUGGACUUGGAAUGUCGCGAGCGAGUCAAUGAUUCGGACAUGGAUGAUGCACCUUACGACUAUCGCAAACAGACCCACGAACAGGAACAGCACCAAGCUGAGGAACCGCCUACAAGCUGUUCCAGUGGCUCAAAUGGCCAGUCAAUGGUUGGGGCCAACAAUAAUGCUAGCAACUCGGAGCGUGAGGUUACAGUGAAGCCGAAACCGAUUAAAGUGCAUCCGGGAAUUGAGAGCGCUAUGCGGCCAUAUCCACAAAUAUUUCACCACUACACUAGUCCCAAGAAUCCAAUCGGUGUAACACCAUUCCAACCCACAGGUGGCGCUUUCAAGUCCAUGCCUAUCAGUCCGAAGGGUACGAUGGGAAAACUUGAUGAGCAGCAGCAACAACAACUGCAACAGCACAUCAAACAGGAGGACAUCAAACAAGAGCCACCAUCGCCAUACAAGCUAAAUGGUGGUGCCGCGAUCAGCGCACCACCACCAGGAAACACUGUGGGCGCCAUUUUCACAUUCAAUGUGCCAACUGCCACGGCUCUAAGCCAAAAGCAAUACCAUUAUCACCCACUGCGUAGUCCCACGGAUGUCAGAGCUCAUCCGGUGCCAUCGGUCCCCUCAUCACCAGCUGCCGUUAGCUUGGGCCAUGCCGCCAACAUAGCCACGCCACCGGCAUCGGCACCAGCGCAAAUUCUGGGCGCCACAGGUGUGGGUUCCGCCUGGGUCAUGGGUAAUCCGUUCGCUUUGCUCUCACGCCCCCAUCAGCCCAGCACACCCAUUGACCACCUGCAGCUGGAUCCGUUCAAGACUGGUGCUUACAUAUUCCAAAAGCACAAUGGCCAACCCAUGCAGGCCUUGGGUGUGCAGGGACCACCACCACCGGCAUCGCAACCGACCAUAAUGCUGCACAACUAUACGACGUCGCAUAACGAACCGAAUUCGCCAUCAUACAAGUCAAUGCCAUCCACACCCAAAUCGGCCACAUAUCAUCACAAUCCGCCCGAUUCGGCUGGCAAGCGUAGCUCUGACGGUGGCAAUUCCUCCUCCAACUAUGGCGCCGAUGAUGAUGUCGAUGCAGAGGGCCAACAAUUUGUGUUGGCCCCGACACCAGCCCAAUUGGGUCGAGCACCCCUGCAAAGGCGCAAGAAUUUGUCUCAAAGCAAGUCAGACAACAAUAUGGGCAAUGCCUUCAACAACAACGGUCACAAUCAUGGCGCUGGGGGUGCCAACAAUAUGUCAACGAGCUCCACCAAUGGAAAUUUAAUCAUGGCUGACGCCUCAUCGCCCAUAAUCGGCCAUGUCAAUACCAAUCUGAGUUCGGCUCUGCCCACGCCCACUUCCUCGACCACCACGCCCAACAGCGACGAACAACUGCCGCUAACGCCAAACGCCGGAAGCAAUGGCAGCAACAGCAACUCCAAUCCAAGUCAGCCCAAGUCCCCGCUGAAAAGCGCAGCGGCAGCGACGGCAGCCGCGCACAAAAAGAAGAACGAUGAAAUGAAUAACGUGCUGAAACAGGUGGACUUUGAGAAGAAAUACAAGGCGCUGCCGCAAUUUAAACCUGAGGACUGUCAAUCGCCCAGCGCCAUUGCCGUGCCAUCAUCGCCUCGUGUCUAUGGAACCAAUUAUCGCAAGAAGAAUACGGUGCCACAGACGACGGUGCCAAAGAUCACAGUGAGCGAAGAUGACUCCAUUGAUGAGCCCGCCUCGGCACCGCCCACAACAACACAACGUUUCUUUGGGCCGGAUUUCAAUAAUGAGCUGCGAGUGUCCGAUUACAUAGAACUGGAAAGUACGGACCAGACAGGUCGUUCACCACGUACACCCAAAACGCCGCUGCAGAGCGCACGCUCCGAUGCCAGUGAGAAGGGACAUCGCAAAGUACUGGAGGCGCGACGAAAUUUGGUUAUGCAAUUGUUCAAUGAGCAUGGCAUGUUUCCAUCCGCACAGGCGACCAUUGCCUUUCAGACCAAGCACAUAGAUGUCUUUCCACGCAAACAGGAUCUGCAGCUGAAGAUACGUGAGGUGCGUCAGAAGGCUUUGGGUCAGCCGGGCUUUACGCCCCAUUCGGCCGGUCCCAAUACGCCCUCCGAUUCGAACUCCUCCUCGACCACGCUGAGCGUUGGCAGUGCCAGCCUGAACACAAAUGCUGUGCCCCAUACUGCAGAUGCUUUUCAAUAUUACUACACAGCAGGUAUGCACUCCCAGGCAUUGGCGGCGGAACAAUGCAUGCUGCAGGCCCAGAGAACUGGCGAUGUCGAGGCCAAAUAUAAGUGAGUUUCAGCAACAACAACAACGACUAAAACAACAACAACAAAAAGAAGGAGUAACCGAAUCAGAACCAGAAACAAGAAACAAGAAAAAGCAGUCGUCUAAACGCUGCAACUGACAAAUUACUUAAAGGAAAUUGUUCAAAAAAAAUUAAAUUAAAUUUUUAAACAAAAAUUUUGCAGCAGUGCGCACACACACAGACACACACAUACAUACAAACACACACACACACAGAUGCAAACAAAGAGGCAUGCAUGAAAUGCAUGCUAAAACAAAAUAGUUUAAAUUUAAAUAAUAAAUAAACAUUUAAUUACAAUAGGCAUACAGCAACAAUAAUAACAAAAGGCGUAGGCAUUGAAUUUAUUAAGCAGCUUAAAAUAUGAACAUUGAAAAAUACAAUUAAAUUAAACUUAAAACUAAACAAACACACACAGAACUUGAAGCACAUUAUGAAGUACGCUACGUUGUAAAAUGGAAAGAAAAAACCUACAAACCUAACAGAAGAUGGAAAAAUUGUAUAAUCAUAAACGCUUAGUUAUUAAUUUACAGGCAAGCAACACUAAAGUUGAAACAUAAAAUUAAUAAUAAUAACAAUAGCGCUUAAGCUUAAAACAUAAAUUGCACAUUUAUUUCUGAAGUGUAGCACAAGAAUUGUAAAAAAAAAGUAAACAAAAACAGGAACAACAAACAUAACAACAUGGAUUCAUUAAAACUUAAGCUGAAAUGAGAAAUUCUAGUAGCUUGUAUUGUAAAUUAAGUAAUCAAUACACACAAACACACAUACAUACAUACAUACACACACAGUGAGAUACACACACUCCUGCAUGUUGAAAUGCUUUUUAAAAUGUUUCUUAUUUUAAAUUGUAAAUUUUGCCUUGCUUUUAAACAAAUGUUGUCUAAUUAAGUAUAAAUUAUAUAUAAAUAUAUAUUCGAUUUAAGCUUA